ACCGCAGUCUCAACACAAGACAGAGAAGUCCCUCAACCACGGACACCAAAAGGACAAUCAACUAACUUGGGGCUCAUCUAUUGCAUGUAAAAUUGUGUGUUGGAGAGCGUCUCUUUAUGGGAAAAUGUAAGAGUUCUGAUUUUCUUCAUAGGCUGUCAUAUCAAUUCCAACUGAUUUCAACCAGACUUUUAAAUAGGCUAUAAACUUCCUAACAAAACCGAGAAUGAAGGCCUUCAGUGUUGCAGUUGCAGUGGUGGUCGUCCUUGCAUGUAUGUUCAUCCUUGAAAGCACCGCUGUUCCUUUCUCCGAGGUGCUAACGGACGAGGUUGGAAGCAUUGACAGUCCAGUUGGGGAACAUCAACAGCCGGGCGGCGAGUUCAUCCGUCUGUCGGAGCAUUUCAGGUUCAAGUGUCAGAGCCACCUCUCCCUGUGCCGUUGGUGCUGCAACUGCUGUCACAACAAGGGCUGUGGCUUCUGCUGCAAAUUCUGAGGACCUGCCUGCAAUAAAAACCAUCUUAUUAACUUAUUGCCUUUAAUUUCCCCCCUAUUCUUCUACAUUUCCUUUGGACUCUGUGGAGAAGAUGCAAUCUCAUUGAUGUCUUUCUCACUGCAACCUCAGUCUUGUACGUUUUGUAUCAUGUUCUAUAGCAUGUUCUUUUUUUAUUUUCUAUUUUGUACAUUUUAUUUAAAAAAAAAUACAUUUUCUAGUUUGCACGUUUGCGAUGUUUUCAUUCUAAGAUGUUGUUAUUGUAAAUCAGUUCUUAUAGUGCUUUUUUGUAUAUAAAUAAACACAUUCUUUGAA